AUGGCCGUCACCAAGCAGAUCUGGACCUUGAUGAUCAAGAACUGGCGAUGCACCCUCCUCCGCCACUCCACCGCUUGCAUAUUAAUGGCCUUUAUCGUGCCCAUUGCCCUCUCGGCCUUUUUCAGCUACGCCAAGAACCUGUUCGUCCCGCCCGCCGUAUUUGGAAUCAGUGGCGUCCACCCCGUCCGGUCGCUCGACGAUGCGUUUGCCGCCGCGAUCGGCAGCCGUCGCGACAAGGUGCUGCUCGUCAACGCCGGGCCCUCGGGCGGCCAGAUCGACGCCGUCCUCGACAGGCUCGAGUCCCAGAUCGGGAGCGCCAACGAUGCGAUGCGCGCCGUCCGCCUGGACAGCGAGGAUGACAUCGCCGCCCAGUGCCCCAGCAGCCUUCGCGGCGUCACCAACUGCUACGGCGCCGUCAUCGUACGGUCCAGCCCCGAGCAGGGGCAGGCCACCUUCUGGAACUACACGAUCCGCUCCGAUGCCGCCUUCUCCAGCGCCUCUUCCAAGAUCGAGGUCGAUUCCGACUCCAACCCCCAGCAGGUUUACCUCAUCCCCCUUCAGCACGCCGUCGACUCUGCCAUCGCCAGCCUCGACGACAGCACUUCCGGCGCCCUCGACGGCGUCGGUGAGCUGGCCUACACGAGCAUGACGCCCAAAGAGCGCGAGGCCGAGGUCCGCAAGCUGUACCAGCGCUCCAUCGUCAACUUCAUGGGUGUCGUCUUCGUCGCCUCCGUCCUUUGGGUCACCUACCACCUCACCGGGUUCAUCGCCUCGGAGCGCGAGAGCGGCAUGUCCCAGCUCGUGGACGCCAUGAUGCCCGUCCGCUACCAGUGGACCGGCCUCGCCGCCCGCAUCGUCGCCCACCACCUGUCCUUCAGCAUCGUCUACGCGCCCGCCUGGAUCAUCUCGUCCAUCAUCGUCCGCCAGGGCGUCUUCCCCCACACCAGCGUUGCCAUCGUCCUCUUCUUCGUCCUUCUCGGCGGUCUCGCCUUCACCUCCAUGUCCAUCCUCUUCGCCUCCUUCUUCAGACGCGCCCAGCUCAGCGGCAUCACUGCCAUCCUCUCCUGCCUGCUCCUCGCCAUCCUUGCGCAGUCCAUCACCCAGCCCGACACCGUCAUCGUCGCCGUCCUCUCCGUCCUCUUCACACCUUGCACGUUUGUCUACUUCGUCACCUUCAUGGCUCGCUUUGAGCGUGUGGGGCGGCCUACGGACCUUGCUCAGGACCCGCCCUCGAGCCCCUGGAAGCUCCCUGGGAUCUUCUUCUGGAUCAUGCUCGUCAUUCACAUCUUUGGAUACCCCCUCAUCGGCGCCGUCAUCGAGCAGUACCUCUACGGUACGUCCACCAAGGGCCGCCAGUACAGGGGCGGCGCCUCGGCCGACCACGGCGAUAAUGCCGUGGAGCUCCGGGGAUUCAGCAAGAUCUACCAGCCCAGCUUCUUCUCGCGCCUGUUCGCCACCAAGUCCAAGCCUGCCAACCCCGUCGUCGCUGUCGACAACCUCAGUUUCGAUGCUGGACGCGGUCAGAUCGUCGCCCUCCUCGGUGCCAACGGCAGUGGAAAGAGCACCACGCUCGACGCCAUCGCCGGUCUGCACAGGCUGACUGACGGCACCAUCACCAUCGACGGCACCGGCGGUCUCGGCAUUGCCCCGCAAAAGAAUGUUCUGUGGGAUGACCUGACUGUCGAGGAACACCUCCACAUAUUCAACCGUCUCAAGAGCCCGGAUGCGAGGGCCUCGCGCCGAGAGAUCGCCGACCUCAUCGAGGCCGUCGACCUGACUAAGAAACGCAAGGCCCUCUCCAAGACCCUCUCCGGCGGUCAGAAGCGCAAGCUCCAGCUCGGCAUGAUGCUGACGGGCGGCAGCGCCGUGUGCUGCAUCGACGAGGUCAGCAGCGGCAUCGACCCCCUGUCGCGGAGGAAGCUGUGGGACAUCCUCCUUGCCGAGCGUGGAAGGCGCACAAUGAUCCUGACGACGCAUUUCCUCGACGAGGCCGAUCUUCUCGCCGACCACAUCGCCAUCCUCUCCAAGGGCACGCUGCGCGCUCAGGGCUCAUCGGUCGAGCUCAAGGACAGGCUCGGUGGCGGAUAUAGGGUCACCGUCCACAGAGCGCCCGGACUGAAGGCGCCCGAUGUCGAGGGCGUGACCAGGAAGGAGACGCUCGACCUCGUCAUCUACGUCUCCCCGUCCGCCACGCUGUCGGCCCGCGUCAUCAAGGAGCUCGAAGACGCUGGGAUCGCGGACUACCGGUUCUCCGGUCCGACAAUCGAAGACGUCUUCCUUCAGCUGGCUGAGGAGAUCCGGGACGAGGAGGCUUUCCGUGGGGCCCAUCAGGAGACGUACGCCAAGGAGAAGAUACGCACGUCCCCAGACGAGGACCUCGACACAGCCUCUUCCGAGGAUGGCCUCAAGCUCAUGGACGGUCAGCUCAUCGGAUACUUCAAGCAGUCCUCGAUCCUGUUCAAGAAGCGUCUUACCGUCCUCAAGCGCAACUAUCUUACGUACCUCAUCGCCUUUGUCCUCCCCGUUUUCGCUGCCGGCCUCACAUCCCUCUUCGUCAGCGGCCAGGACCUCCCCGGCUGCUCUCCCAACGACCGCAAUUCGAAGUCCAGCACCGAGGAUGCCUUCACGCAGAGCCAGGAGACGGAUGAUGUGAUCAGCCUCUUUGCCGGCCCGGCGGCCAGCCUGACAAAUGCCACGCUGACGCGGCUCUUCGGGCCACUCUUCGCAGGCGACGGAGGUGACGGUGGCGGCGGAUCGGGUGGUGAUGCCCUGAGCAAGAUCCAGAUGCUCGACACAUACGAAGACUUCACCGAGUUCGUCGAGAGCAACCGUGAGAAGGCAACGACGGGUUUCUGGCUCGGAGACGGCUCGAGUCCGGCUACGUUCGCCUGGGUGGCCAACCUCUUCGUCACGAGCCCCAUACUCGCCCAGCAAUUCCUCGACGGCGUGCUCACAAACACGACGAUCCAGACGACCUGGUCUGCCUUCGCCGUGCCCUUCAACCCCAGCACGGGCGACUCGCUCAACCUCGUCAUCUACAUGGCUCUCGCGCUCGCAUGCUACCCUGCCUUCUUCGCUCUCUACCCGAGCCACGAGCGCCGGUGGUCUGUGCGUGGGCUCGAGUACUCCAACGGCGUGCGUCCCGUGCCCCUGUGGAUGGCCUACCUCGUCUUCGACUUCCUCUUCACCCUCGGCACAGCCGCCCUGGUGACGGUCGUAUGGGUCAGCCUGUCGAGCAUGUGGUAUCACGUCGAGUACGUCUUCGUCGUCUUGUUCCUGUACGGCCUGGCCUCGACCGUGCUCGCCUACUUCAUCUCGCUCUUCACCAAGACGCAGCUGGCCACGUAUGCUUGGGCCGCCGGCAUCCAGGUUGUCGGUUUCCUGGUGUACCUGAUCGCCUACCUGUGCGUCAUCACGUACGUGGCAGUCGAAGACAUCGAGUCGAGCCUCCGCGUCGUGCACUUCGUCAUCUCGGCCUUUGUCCCCAUCGGCUCGGCCAUGCGUGCACUGUUUGUGACCACGAACCUCUUCUCGACGACCUGCGAUGGGCAGGAGAUCUCAUCGGACCCUAGCGCUAUGCUCCAGUACGGAGGCCCCAUCCUCUUCCUCAUUCUGCAGUCCGUCAUCCUGUUCCUGCUCGUCAUCUGGUUCGACAGCGGAUCCGUCGGCUCGUCCGUGCGCGGACUGUUCCGCAAGGACCGCGUGCCAGACUCGGAGGGCGACGUUGACGAGGAGGUCAGCAAGGAGCUGACCCGUCUGGAAGAGACGGGCUCGCGGGAGAACGGCCUGCGCGUCAUGCACCUCACCAAGACGUUCAAGAACAACAUCGCCGUCGACAACGUCACCUUCGGCAUCCGACGCGGCGAGGUGUACGCCCUCCUAGGACCCAACGGUGCCGGAAAGUCGACGACCAUCUCCCUGAUCCGCGGUGACAUCAAGCCCAGCAGGAACGGAGGCGACGUGCUUGUCGAGGAAGACUCGGUCACCGAGGACCUAGCGGCGGCGCGCACGAACCUGGGCGUCUGCCCGCAGAUCGACGCAGUAGACCACAUGACGGUGCGGGAGCACCUCGAGUUCUACGCCAGGGUGCGCGGAAUCGCGGACGUCGAGCACAACGUGUCGGCCAUCCUCAACGCCGUGGGCCUCGCGUCGUUCGAGACACGCAUGGCGGCGGCCCUAUCGGGCGGCAACAAGCGCAAGCUCAGCCUGGGCAUCGCCCUGAUGGGCAACCCGACCGUCGUCCUCCUGGACGAGCCUUCCUCUGGCCUGGACGCGGCGUCCAAGCGCAUCAUGUGGAAGACCCUGGCGGCCCUGGUGCCCGGCCGGUCCAUCCUCCUGACGACGCACAGCAUGGAGGAGGCCGACGCGCUGGCGCACCGGGCGGGCAUCAUGGCGCGGCGCAUGCUGGCCAUGGGCACACCGGACGAGCUGCGCCGCCGGUUCGGCGACAUGCUGCACAUCCACCUCGUGCACCGGGACGCGCCGCGCACGACGGACGCCGAGAUGGACCGCGUGACGCGCUGGAUCCGCGAGAGCCUCCCGACCGCUGACGUCGAGACAAAGACGUACCACGGCCAGCUCCGCUUCCAGGUCUCUGCCACCGACGUGCUGGCCGCGACGGGCAGCAUGGCCCGGCAGGAGCAGCAGAAGAGGACGGCCGGCGACGGCGUGACCGGCGAUGCCGAGGCCGCGGCCAACAACCGGAGCGCCAUAGGACGCCUCCUCAUCCUGCUGGAGGAGAACAGGUCCGCCCUGGGGAUAGGACACUACAGCGUCAGCCCCACUACUCUGGACGAGGUCUUCCUCUCCAUCGUGGGACGGCAUAAUGUCCAGGAAGAAGGGUACGAGGACAAGAAGAAGUCUCUGUGGAAGAGGUUAUUCAAGUGA